AUGUCUUACUGCGUCGGUUUUGAGAAGGAGUGUAUUGUUGAUGAUGCUACAAACGCAAUCACUAUCCAGAGCGUAAUCACCUCAUGUUCCGACCUAAAUCCUCUUUCUCGCUUCGACCCUGGACAAGCUCUUCUUGCAGCAGCCGAAGGAGCCGGUGGCACGACGGAAACGGCAUGGCCCGGCUACCUAAGUGAUGACUUUCUAGCUUUGGUGCCCACAACCCAGGCCAUGGCUUUGCUGUUCAUACUGGGCACAUGCGCCGUCGCAGUAUCAAUUGUUCUUCGCCUGAGUACUGUUCGCUAUAUCUGGCAGCCUCCAGUACCUCAAAGCCCUGCGAAUGGGGUUGACCCUCCUCCCAGCUAUCCAGCUUACCCGGGAUCUCCAUCCUCGGACAUACCUCCAUCAAAACUGCAAUUGAUGAACUUCAUAACAAGCACCAUUCUGCUCACCUUUGCCUCGAUUAUCGCGACUGUGAUCUCUACCCAAUUUGUUUCUCUAAUCUCUCGAAGUGGAAGCCCCAUCAUAUCAGCCGAAUCUAACGGUAGGUUUUUGGGAAUGGCGUGGUCUGCUGUAGCCAUCCAAGCCCUUCUCACAGCCGACGCACUAGCUGCUCUACUACGUUACAGAGCUCGCCAUUGCCGCUGUGACUGGGAAGAACUGCCUGCAGCACCAGUGCCAGAAGCCAAGCGACUCGUUUCCGGUUAUGACUAA